UUAUCUUUUUUAUAUAUAUAUUUUUUACUCCAGAUAGCUUUAACCGUCGUAUUAUUCGCCACACCCCCUUUGUGGGUUAUAGGUCACAAAUAUGGCGGCGCCCAUUGGAAAAGUAUGUCAGUGUUUCACUAUAAAGAAGAAAAGUCUCUUUCUCCUCUCAUUCGCUCGACGGUCUAGUUCGGCUGGCAGUGGGUUUCUAGCCUCUUUGUAUAAGCGGGGAGUCUUGAAGGAUGCCUUCCCCGAAUCGGCGGCUCAGGUUGAGUUACCCGAGCUUUUGCAAUCCGGUCCCCAGUCCAUUUACUGCGGGUUUGACCCCACCGCUGACAGCCUCCAUGUGGGAAAUCUGCUGGCCAUCAUCGGGCUGUUGCAUUUCCGAAGCGCCGGACACCACGCCAUUGCCCUCAUCGGGGGGUCUACAGCCCAGAUUGGAGACCCCAGUGGGAAAACGACCGAAAGGGAGCCGAUCUCAGGGGAGACCGUGGAAGAAAACACGCGGGGGAUCAGAAGCAGUCUGCAGCGGAUCUUCGCCAACCACGAACUCUGUUUUUGCGGCGACUCCAAAAAGCUGGGCACUGUGACCGUCCUGAACAACGCCAGCUGGUACCGGGGCUGGAAUGUCGUGGACUUCUUGUCCCAGGUUGGCCGGCAUUUCCGGAUGGGGACCCUGCUCAGCAGGCAGAGCGUGCAGUCCCGGCUGAAAAGCGCAGAAGGGAUGAGUCUGACCGAGUUCUCCUACCAGCUCUUUCAAGCCUAUGAUUUCUAUCACCUCAGCAAGCAUCACGGCUGCAGGAUACAGCUCGGGGGAACCGACCAGCUGGGCAACUUGAUGUCGGGACACGAAUUUAUUCACAAAGUCUCUGGGCAGGAGGUGUUUGGCCUCACGGUCCCGCUGGUCACAAGUUCCACAGGAGACAAGCUGGGGAAGACGGCGGGCAACGCGGUGUGGCUGAACAGGGACAAGACCUCACCUUUUGAACUCUACCAGUACUUCAUGCGACAGCCAGACUCCGUGGUGGAAAGGUACUUGAAGAUGUACACAUUCCUCCCUUUGCCCGAAGUGGAACACGUGAUGGACCAGCACCGCAAGGAACCAGAGAAGCGCUCGGCUCAGAAACGCCUGGCAGCCGAGGUCACCAAGCUGGUUCACGGCAAAGAAGGCUUAGACAGUGCCAAAAGGAGUACCAACGCCCUCUACCAUGGCAGCCUGCAGGCCCUGGAGCAGAUGACGGAUGAGGAGCUACAGGAGCUUUUCCGAGAGGCUCCAUUCUGUGAACUCCUGCUGGAGCCGGGGACAUCUGUCCUGGAUGCCUGCCGCCGAGCCAACGCCAUUCCAGAGGGAGCCAGAGGGUAUCAGAUGGUCACUGAAGGGGCUGUGUGGAUAAACCACAGCCGAGUCACCAAUCCCGAGCAGGUGCUGAUCCCCAGGGAACACAUUCUGUUGAACGGACUGACCCUCAUCCGGAUAGGAAAGAGAAACUUUUACAUUGUCAAGUGGCUGAAUCUGUGACGCAGUUCUCGGUUUCCACCCUUCUCCACAACAACACCACUUGUUGAAGAAGAGAAAGCAAAGUUAGCUUAUUCUGGACUUCUCCAACACCGUUUAGAUAUAAAAGAUAUAUGUUAAAUAAAGAUAUUCUGAUUUGUCA